AACUCCCGAGCAUACCCAAUGCAUUCAUAACCUCAUGCAUCUAAUGCCUGAUAAAGCCGCUAAUGCAAUAAUGAGCCAUCCCCUCAUCCAUUCGCCCACCAUUCUCCCACCAUUCUCCCCAUCAUCCCUCAUAAAGCAUGAAGUCAUCCCUCAUGGAUUACAAAAGGAAUUAGGCGGUCGCAUCGUCCAAGUAAAAAAACGCCGAAUUGAAAAGCCCCACAAAAGCCAUAUACUCCCGAAGUAUGAUGAAAAGAGUUUUAUGCACGGUACCACUGCCACUGCCAUCGGAUUGAUUGGAGUCGGGUAUCGCUCCCUACCCCACUCAUUCUCGUCUUGCCUCUUUCUACUACUUUCGCGAGAAAAAGCCAAACGCAUCCUCCUUUUUAGAUUGCAAAACAGAUCUGCUGCACGGCACUGCCGCUGUAGAUCGAGAAGAGUAGUGAGCGGAAAACCGUUCAGAUUUAGAAGAUCUCGUCAUCGAGACUGCUUCGAUAACUCUCCAGACUCUCUGUAUCUGCUUGAAUGAGAGUCAGCACACAUUCUUCGAGUUGAACCCGCACCGAAAGCAAAGGAAAAACGAUCGAUCACAGCAAACGAAGCUUGGUCAUAUC